GGGUGCUGACUCUGGGCCCUGCUGACCUAGGCAGGGGCCCCUUGUGAUGGAUGUCAUGACAUCACAAUGACACUGGUGCUGAGCACUCACCCACCUGCCCCCCUCCCAUCUCUGUGUCUGGAGCUCUUGGAGACAAGACAUAGAGGUGUCUGAGUCUGCAGAAACAGUUUUCUAAGUGACACAGCUGACUCAGUAGACUUGGAAAACUGAGUAUAUUCCUGGUCCCUGAAAAAUCCCCGGAGGAUUCCUGGCCCCUCCUGUCUCCGGGUGCCCAGAACAGCCCAUCAUAGGCGUUUCACCCUCAGAUGGAGGUGGAUGAGGCCCUGGAUAUGCUGCCCGGCCAGGGACAAGGAAACAUCAUCUGCCAGGUACACCGAGCUGGCACAGCAGUGGGCGUGGGGCAUGGGGCUGUUGAUAAUGAAAAAGACACCAAGCACCUUGAGAUUAUGCAUGAGACAGAGCUGCUCCCUGUGCGUAUUCCGGAGGUGAAGCAAAGAAGUCAGGAUACAAUAUGCAUCAAGAACUGGGUCAAGGUGUUUAAAAGCUGGCCGAAAUAUAAAAACACCAAGAAGCUCUCCCACAUAGUAUACAAAGGAAUUCCCCAAGCAGUACGAGGUCAGGCAUGGGCACUCCUGCUUGAUGUUGACCAAAUCAAGACUGAAAACCCUGGGAAAUACAGGGUCAUGAAGGAGAAGAGCAAGAGUUCCCCCAGGAUCAUCCGCCGCAUCAAGCUAGAUGUCAAGUACAAUCUCUGGGACAAGAUGUUCACAGAAGGACUUCGGGUCAAUCAGCAGGAAUUAUGUGACAUUCUCGUGGCCUACUCUGCAUAUAACCCUGAGAUGUGCUACCACAGGGACCUGAGCCACAUCACCGCAAUCCUCCUCCUCUAUCUGCCAGAGGAAGAUGCGUUCUGGGCUCUGACCCAACUACUGGACAGUAAAAGGCACUUCCUGCAAGCAUUCUACAGCCCAAAUAAAGCCCUGCUGCAGGAGCUCCUAACGUGCCAAAAGCAGAUGUUGCACAAGUACUUCCCCAAGACCAUGAGACACCUGGGCAAGGAAAGGCUGUGCAUUGAGGAUUCCAUGCUGAUGAGGCUCUUCGGGUGUUUUGUUGACGGGAAAUCCUUAGGGCUCACCCUGCGACUGUGGGAUGUGCUCAUCCUGGAGGGCCAGCGGGUACUGACGGCCAUGGUGCAUGCAUCAUUCAAAAUACACAGGAAGCUCCUCAUGAAGCUUUCCUGGAACACCAUCCCGGAGUUUCAGGAGCAGCUCGAUCAGAGCUGGGCCCUGGAGGACAAUGCCGUCCUCAGGAACCUUCUAGCAUCCAUGAAGAAACUCACAAGAACACACUGGGACCUGCCACCCCCAGCCAAGCUCAAGGAAGAGUCCUCGGGUGUGUCCUCUGGCAUUGGGCCCCGCUGUGAGGAGGACAGACAGACCCUCCCCACCCCACCAGCUCAGCUCCAAAAGCUCAUGCCAUCAGACCCCCUGCGACAAAGGCCUUGUCCUCCCGCAGCCUCACCUGACAGGGCUGUCCCUAAGGCCCAGAUUGAGGCCCCUCAGGAUGAGGGGGCUCCCCAAGAACACAGAGCCAGCUCAGAGACUGAAGAGAAGAACCAUCUGCCCUCCGGCAAGGUAAGGCUUUGCAUUCCAUGGAAACGCAUGUCCAGGAGCUCUGUGCCACCGCUCCACGCAGACGCGAUCGUCGGGCACCCCAGUUUUGUGUGCUUUCAUUUCAAACAGGGUUCCAGGGACUCUGUGGAAAAUUCUUCAGGACCCAGGGCCAGAGGCCACCCUCUGGAGGUCGCAAAGGAUCAAGAUGAGGGCCACCUGUCCCCCAGAAAGGGCAGACUUUACAUUCCAUGGAAAUGCACAUCCAGGAGCCCUGUGUCACCGCACCACAGAGAUAUGACAGUUGGGGGCCCCCAUUUCCUGCGCUGCCAUUUCAAACACGGCUCCAGAGACUCUGAGGUGGCUUCUCCAGGACCCAAGAACACACGCUGCCCUGUGGGAAUCCUAGAGGCUGAAGAUGAGAACCGCCUGUCCCCUGGCGAGGUCAGGCUUUGGGAUUCAGACACAUCCUCAUCCAGUAGCUCAUCUGGGAGCUCUCUGCCACCACUCCAUGCAGACCCGCCCAUCAGGGUCCUCCGUUCCCUGCCCUGCCAUUACAAACAUGGCUCCAGGGACUCUGCGGUGGCUUCUCCAAGACCCAAGACCACACGCUGCCCUGUGGGGGUCCCAGAGGCUGAAGAAGUGGGCCGCCUGUCCCCUGGCGAGGUCAGGCUUUGGGAUUCACACAAAUCCUCAUCCAAGGCCACACGCUGCCCUGUGGGGGUCCCAGAGGCUGAAGAUGAGGGCCGCCUGUCCCCUGGCGAGGUCAGGCUUUGGGAUUCAGACACAUCCUCAUCCAGUAGCUCAUCCGGGAGCUCUCUGCCACCACUCCAUGCAGACCCGCCCAUCAGGGUCCUCCGUUUUCUGCCCUGCCAUUACAAACAUGGCUCCAGGGACUCUGCGGUGGCUUCUCCAGGACCCAAGACCACACGCUGCCCUGUGUGGGUCCCAGAGGCUGAAGAAGAGGGCCGCCUGUCCCCUGGUGAGGUCAGGCUUUGGGAUUCAUACAAAUCCUCAUCCAAGACCACACACUGCCCUGUGGGGGUCCCAGAGGCUGAAGAUGAGGGCCGCCUGUCCCCUGGCGAGGUCAGGCUUUGGGAUUCAUACAAAUCCUCAUCCAAGACCACACGCUGCCCUGUGGGGGUCCCAGAGGCUGAAGAUGAGGGCCGCCUGUCCCCUGGCGAGGUCAGGCUUUGGGAUUCAUACAAAUCCUCAUCCAAGACCACACGCUGCCCUGUGGGGGUCCCAGAGGCUGAAGAUGAGGGCCGCCUGUCCCCUGGCGAGGUCAGACUUUGGGAUUCAGACACAUCCUCAUCCAGUAGCUCAUCCGGGAGCUCUCUGCCACCACUCCAUGCAGACCCGCCCAUCAGGGUCCUCCGUUCCCUGCCCUGCCAUUACAAACAUGGCUCCAGGGAAUCUGCUGUGGCUUCUCCAGGACCCAAGACCACACGCUGCCCUGUGGGGGUCCCAGAGGCUGAAGAUGAGGGCCGCCUGUCCCCUUGCGAGGUCAGGCUUUGGGAUUCACACAAAUCCUCAUCCAAGGCCACACACUGCCCUGUGGGGAUCCCAGAGGCUGAAGAUGAGGGCUGCCUGUCCCCUGGCAAGGUCAGGCUUUGGGAUUCAGACACAUCCUCAUCCAGUAGCUCAUCCGGGAGCUCUCUGCCACCACUCCAUGCAGACCCGCCCAUCAGGGUCCUCCGUUCCCUGCCCUGCCAUUACAAACAUGGCUCCAGAGAAUCUGCAGUGGCUUCUCCAGGACCCAAGACCACACGCUGCCCUGUGGGGGUCCCAGAGGCUGAAGAUGAGGGCCGCCUGUCCCCUGGCGAGGUCAGGCUUUGGGAUUCACACAAAUCCUCAUCCAAGGCCACACGCUGCCCUGUGGGGAUCCCAGAGGCUGAAGAUGAGGGCUGCCUGUCCCCUGGCGAGGUCAGGCUUUGGGAUUCAGACACAUCCUCAUCCAGUAGCUCAUCCGGGAGCUCUCUGCCACCACUCCAUGCAGACCCGCCCAUCAGGGUCCUCCGUUCCCUGCCCUGCCAUUACAAACAUGGCUCCAGGGACUCUGCGGUGGCUUCUCCAAGACCCAAGACCACACGCUGCCCUGUGGGGGUCCCAGAGGCUGAAGAUGAGGGCCGCCUGUCCCCUGGCGAGGUCAGGCUUUGGGAUUCACAGAAAUCCUCAUCCAAGACCACACGCUGCCCUGUGGGGGUCCCAGAGGCUGAAGAUGAGGGCUGCCUGUCCCCUGGCGAGGUCAGGCUUUGGGAUUCACACAAAUCCUCAUCCAAGGCCACACGCUGUCUUGUGGGCGGCCCAGAGGCUCAAGAUGAGGGCCGCCUGUCCCCUGGCGAGGUCAGGCUUUGGGUUUCCAACAAAUCCUCAUCCAAGGCCACACGCUGCCCGGUGGAAAUCCCAGAGGCUCAAGAUGAGGGCCGACUGUCCCCUGGCGAGGUCAGGCUUUGGGUUUCCAACAAAUCCUCAUCCAAGGCCACACGCUGCCCGGUGGAAAUCCCAGAGGCUCAAGAUGAGGGCCGACUGUCCCCUGGCGAAGUCAGGCUUUGGGUUUCACACAAGUCCUUAUCCAAGGCCACACGCUGCCCGGUGGGGGUCCCAGAAUCUCAAGAUGAGGGCCGCCUGUCCCCUGGCGAGGUCACGCUUUGGGUUUCACACAAAUCCUCAUCCAAGGCCACACGCUGUCCUGUGGGCGGCCCAGAGGCUCAAGAUGAGGGCCGACUGUCCCCUGGCGAGGUCAGGCUUUGGGUUUCACACAAAUACUCAUCCAAGGCCACACACUGUCCUGUGGGGGGGCCCAGAGGCUCAAGAUGAGGGCUGCCUGUCCCCUGGCAGGCUUUGCGUUUCACACAAAUACUCAUCCUGUUGCUCGUCCGGGAGCUCUGUGUCACCGCUCCACAGUGGUGACUGUUGGGGACCCCCAUUUUCUGAAUUGCCAUUUCAAACACGCUCCAGGGACUCUGAGGUGGUUUCUCCAGGACCCAAGCCCACAUGCUGCUCUGUGAGGGUCCCAGAGGCUCAAGGUGAGGGCCGCCUGUCCCCUGGCGAGGUCAGGCUUUGCAUUCCAUGGAAAUGCUCAUCCAGGAGCUCCGUGCCACCCCUCCACAUAGACCCUCUCAUCAGGGACCCGAGUUUCCUGCCCUGCCAUUUUGAACAGAGAUCCUGGGACUCUGUCAGUUCUACAUCUCCCAUGAACAGCCCUGCAACUACAAGACGGACCCCACCGAGCUAGCCCAGUGGGACCCUGACACUAAUCCUGCCUGGGCUUAUGACAGAGAGGAGGCACCUCAAGAGAAACCCCAGCAACAAAGUUUCCCUGCAUGUGACUCCCCUCGGUAGAAAAACAACACAGCAUGGAAGGAGCCCAGGGGCCUCUGCCCAGCGGCCUCGAAGACCCAGAUGGCUGCUGGACCUUGUUUUCUACAGCUCUUUUAUUUCUAUUUUAUGUUUUUGGCUUCUGGGCCUUGGGAAAAAUGACUCGAUGGGGAACUUGGCCCCAUCAAGGCCUCUGGAGGGAAGGCUGAGCAUGGGGUUCUGGCAGCCCCAGCCAGCCAGCAGCAUGCCCUGGGACCUCUAACUCCACCUGUGGAUCAGAACCCCUCGCCCAGUGCCCAAGUCCAAGCCCAGAGGGACCUGGCUCCAGCCAGAGUCCUAGAAGGAGAGGGGCACUGCAGGCCCCCAGGUGACCAUGCAGGGGACCAGGGCACUGUGAGCCCUGGGUGCUGUGAGGAUUCAUAUCAGAGAACCUGUGCAAGCCGGCCCAGAGGCGCUGAGCCUGUGCAGUGAUUCUAUGGGUGGCUGGUACAGGGGUCAACAGCCGUGAACACUGCUGCCUCUUCCUGACGUGAUCGCUGCAGUGCGGGCAGUCAGCACCCUGCAGCCUGGCCCCGCAGCCGACCGAGCACCCUGGUCUGCUAUGCCAACAUGCCACCUGGAAGCUUCGAGGCCCUGCCUGCUACAACAUUCUCCUCCUGAAAGUCUUGUCCUGAAGCCUAGCCACCGCCGCAGCCACAGGGGGUACCACUGCCAAGCGCCUUCCAGCCAGGCUUCCCAGAGGGUUGGGGUGCCUCAGCAGCUCAGACUGGGAAGGUAGUUUCAUCCACAUUUCCAUUGUUUCCACCAAAGAGAUUCCCUACAGAGGAUGCUUUUGAGGUGGGCAAAUUGGCACAUCAAGUGGAUGGAGUCAGCUCCUUUCCCUGGCCGCCACAUUAGGUUGGGGACAAAGUGGCCAUCAGACAGGCAUGGGACAUGAGAGGCUCAGCAUGCUACACAUGGCCUGACCAAGGCUGACCAAGCCACCACCACUGCCAAGCGCCCCAUCUGCUGAUGAGCGACUUGCUGUCAAUCCCUGGGAGGGCACUGUUUCCCAGGACGACCGGCUGGCUGCCUGUGGGUAGGAUGCCACACUGGAGGGAGCUGAGAUCGGCCUUCACCGCAGGGAUCUCCUACCUGGAUAUAGACUUGCCUUGCCUGUCCUUCCUGUCAUCACGACAGCAGCCCACAUCGCAUUGCUUUUGAUCAGGUCACUUCAUUCACAGCAAGGGACAUGCAGCAGUAACCCCAGACCAAGGAACUACCUGUUCUCACUACCUCACCCACUGCCUGGAAGCCACUGGGCUUACGAUCACUCAGUUACACUGAAUUUUAUCCUUUCUACUGGAAACCAGUAGAUGGUGCUGACUCCCUCACGGCCAGAAGGUACAGGUCUGAGAGUCAAGGUGUGAAAGUGGACAAUGUUCAGUAUUGCAUCUCAUCUCUCAGUCACAAAGUUUUCUAUGCCUGUCCUGGAGAAAUGGAGCUUUCCUGGUUAAAAGGUCUUAGGACCCAGGCAGAGUGAAGCUUCCCCCAGGGGAACACAACGAUGUUUCUCUUUAAUGUGAAGACACCGGACUAAGUCUGAAACCCGGGCACUCUCUGGUGUUCUUGGUGUUUCCAUGUGAAGAAAGUCAAAUAACUUGCCACAAAGGUUUGCCACAGAGGCAUCUGAAAAAAGAGGGGGCAGAACUAUUCAGAACUCAGAGGCUUCAGAGUCAAAGAUGAGGCCAGGAAGGAGAUUCCUGACCCAUUGAGGGCAGGGGAAGUAUGGAGGCCACUGGGAGAGGACAUCAAAGAGGUCCACUCCCACCUUGUGAUUUGUCACAGAACCAUGCACUAAAAUAGCUGUGCACAUUUUCUCUCCACUGAUUAUAGUAUUUCUUUGCAUUUGCAACUCUCCAGUCACAUAGACAGCUUGGUACAAAAUGCACAUUGCUAUACCACAGCCUGGGUCUUGCAAUCCAAGCCUGGCAAGGAUCCCUUCAUGUUCAAGGAAUAAAGGAAUGGCUGUCCUGAAUCCUAGAUGUCACCUUUAUGCCCAAAAAAAGGAGGAAUGGGGUCAACCAGCAGCAGGCCAGUCACAGAAAGAGAUAAAAUGUGAGGGCAUGGCCUUCUUGACACCCAGGCAAGACUUUGACACAAAGCCCAGCUGCAGCUCUGGCCACUGACUCGGACCAGGGAUGCCCCCAUGCAGGCUGAUCUGCCCUGGCUGCUCUUCUCCCUCCUACCACCCUCUCUUCGGCUGAUUGUGUUAGGAAGGGAGAACCUGCCAGUUUUCAGAAGAAAAUGUAGCUUUGUUGUGACAUAGGAAAGACUGCAAGUUAUUAGGAAAGGAGGAGGAGUCGAACAGCUCCCAAAAAUCAGAGGGAAAAGGAAGGUGUAAAUAUGUCGGUAAUAAAAUCUCCAACUACAGCA